AUGAGCCAAACAUCCAACCUUGGAGACCAUGAUUCACUGGACCAAUGGAAAGACCACUUACAGACUAUCCCAUUGGAAAGAUCAAAUACUUCAGAAAGUUUAGAGUCGUUAUCCAGCAUCGAUUCCUCACAUAGUUCCAUUUCUUCCACAUCUUCGCGACCUAAGAACUAUUUUUGUGAUUAUAGUGGGUGUACUAAAGCAUUCACAAGACCAUCAUUAUUAUCAGAACAUCAACUCACUUUUCACCAAGGUAUCAAGCCUUUCAAAUGUGAGCAAUGCGAUAAGCAAUUUUCUAGAAAGACCCACUUAGAAAGACAUUUAAUAUCCCACUCAGAUUCUAAACCUUUCUGUUGUUUGCAUUGCGGAAAAGGUGUCACGACAAGACAACAAUUAAAAAGGCAUGAAGUUACGCAUACCAAAUCAUUUAAGUGUCCAUAUGAAAACUGUGAUGAAGCAUAUUAUAAGCAUCCACAACUACGGUCUCAUAUAUUAAGCUUCCAUUUGGAGAAAUUAACCUGUAAACAUUGUGGAAAAAAGUUUCAAAGACCAUAUCGUCUGCAAAAUCAUAUUGCCAAACACCAUAAUCCCGAUGUGAAGACGCCAUACCAAUGUACUUUUGCAAACUGUCAUCGAAGUUUUAGAACGUGGACUCUAUAUCAAUCUCAUGUAAAAAUGGACCAUCCAAAACUGAAAUGUAGCAUUUGUGAUAAGUUGUGUGUUGGUGAAAACGGGUUGAAGAUGCAUAUGAGUGUUCAUGAUGAAGAUCUAGUGAUUAAAAAUUGGAAAUGCACAAUCUGUGCUGAAGAUGCUGACACGUUUGUAUCGUUUCCCAAAAAGUCAGAAUUACUGAAUCAUUAUAGGGAUAAACACCACGAAAAGGAUAUUCCUAUUGAUUUGCUAAACAGCACAAAUAAGCAUCUAAAUAUCGAUAUGGAUACAAAUGAUAAUCUAGUCUCAUUCGAUUCGAAAGAUGGAUAUGGGAUGAUGACAAGAAGUAAAAGAAGAAAAUUGAAUGAUAUUGAUUCAAUACGGUCAGAAGUUAAUAUUCAACAUUACAUCGAGGAUGGAAAAUCAAGUAUGAACCUAUUGCUAAAUACUGUCGGUAGGAAAUUUCGAUGUCCAUUCUUAAAUUGUUCGAGGACUUUUAAACUUGAAGAGCGUUAUAAGAAGCAUAUUGAGAAACACAAAAUUCAUCAACUAAAAAUGAAGAUACUAGAAGAAAAAACAGAAGUUGAGAAUAGUGAUGAAAGUCAGGAAAAGAAAGAUGCUGAAACCAGAAAAAUGGAGGACGACCGAAAUUAG